AUGGGACCCUCUUCAGGCUCCUGCUCCCACACCUGGAAAUGCUUGGCCUUCCUCCCGCUGCUACUGACAACCCGUGCAGGGUAUCUUCAAGGAGAGGACUCCAGGGUCCUGGGGGGGCAGCCAUGUGUACCUCAUUCCCAGCCCUGGCAAGCUGGCUUGUUCCAGGGUGUGCGACUCCUCUGUGGAGGGGUCCUGGUGGCCCCUCAGUGGAUACUCACAGCAGCCCACUGUCAGAAACCGAAGUACACAGUCCACCUAGGACAGCAUAACCUGCAGAAGCCAGACGGUUCUGAGCAAGAAAUCAAGGUGGAUCGAUUUAUCCCUCAUCCUUGCCACAACUCAUCUAAUAACAACAGACAUGACCUGAUGCUUCUCAGACUUCGGAAAUCAGUCAAUGUGAACAGCAAAGUGAAGCCCAUUGAACUUCCUUCCCAAUGUCCUCAGCCUGACCAGAAAUGCCUUGUGUCAGGUUGGGGUACCACCACCAGCCCCAGAGAGAACUUUCCUGAAACCCUGAUCUGUGCAGAACUGAACAUCUGGUCUCAGGAUCAGUGUGAAGAGGCCUACCCAGGCAAGAUUUCAGACGGUAUGGUGUGUGCAGGAGACAACGCUGGUGUGGACACCUGUCAGGGUGACUCCGGGGGCCCUUUGGUGUGCGAGGGCGUUCUCCAGGGCAUCACAUCUUGGGGCGCAGACCCCUGUGGGACAGUGAAUAAGCCAGGCGUCUACACCAGCGUCUGCCGCUAUACGGAGUGGAUUAAGAAGACCAUCAGUGCUAACUGA